CUAACCUCCAAGUUGAAAAAUUGCCUUAUGGAAAACUCAUUCCCCGAAUUAGAUUCCACACCCCAUCGCGAACUUGAAGAACUUUUCCGAAAGAAUCGCAAGGCUAUAGCCGAGAGGGAAGAAAAAGCUAGUAGGUCGGGAGUCAAUCAUCGUGAGCGUGCUCGCAGGGCGCGUGCCGCUGCAACUGCUUUCAGACAGCAGAACGAGACGACACUGAAACAACUAUCGAGAGUUCUCAACUCUUCUAAUAACGGCGAGAGUUCUAACGUUAAAGAAGAACACAAGCAAGACGAGACCCAGACGACACUAAAACAACUAUCGAGACUUCUCGACUCUUCUAGAAACGGCGAGAGUUCUAACGUUAAAGAAGAACACAAGCAAGUCGAGACCCAGACGACACUAAAACAACUAUCGAGACUUCUCGACUCUUCUAGAAACGGCGAGAGUUCUAACGUUAAAGAAGAACACAAGCAAGUCGAGAUCCAGACGACACUAAAACAACUAUCGAGACUUCUCGACUCUUCUAGUAACGGCGAGAGUUCCAAUGUUAAAGAAGAAUACGAGCGGCUAAAGGAGAAAAUCAAUAUGUCGGUGGCAGGUCCUUCCGGUUCCGAUCCUCCCUCGACCCCGGGCAAGGGUAAGGAUAAAGGUCCUACCUCAAGCCCGGGCAAGGGUAAGGAUACAGAAUUUCACGACUCCGGAAUUGCUGAUAUAUCUGGCCUCAGCGAUAGUAAAAAACAUACUCCCAAUUCCGACCAAAACACCGGAAAUGGCGAAACUGUGGAUGAGCCAGCAGACAAUAGCGGACUUGGUGAUUCCGCAUUGGGUAGUACCCCGUCUUCUCAGUCUCCUCGGCCGAACCGGCCUCCUCAGACUCCCUCGCCUCCUCAGUCGAACCAGCCUCCUCAGUCGAACCAGCCUCCUCAGUCGAACCAGCCUCCUCAGACUCCCUCGCCUCCUCAGUCGAACCAGCCUCCUCAGACUCCCUCGCCUCCUCAGUCGAACCAGCCUCCUCGGACUCCCUCGCCUCCUCAGUCGAACCCGCCUCCUCAGCCGAACCAGCCGGGCCAGCCGGGCCAGUUGAAUCCAGAAGAAACAGACGUUAACGGAGAAGAGCCUGAGGAUGCAGGUUUGAUCAAAAACAACAGCCGUAACGGGGUGGUUACUCACUGGAGGAAGAAAGGAUUCUCAACUCACAUAAUGAUUCGAUAUGGGCCUCCGGGGGCUGCCAGGUACCUUCAUACUACAAGACCACUCAAAAAAUUCGAUAAACGCAAUACCCCAUGGUUUGGCCCCCAAUACAGGUAUGGAGACGAGAAGGACGAAUACGACAACUACGUGCGGACCUUUGACGAAUUUGAUGGGAUCCUGGCUGUGACUUACCGGGGUGACUUAGCGGACUUGGAACCGAAGAGGACGUGGGUAGACUCCGAAGGGGAAAAGGUAACUGAGGCCAGAAGAUUCCCAGUGACGGAGGUUUACGUUAAAUGGGUGAUUGACAACAAGGUCUGGAGGACGUGGGAGACACGAUCGUCGAUCAAGCACCUCUUCCCUAGCGCUAAAGAUUGUGACAAAAGAAUCUAUAAGGCUGCGAGAACCCAUGCCGCGGAACAUAGCAUGUGGUUAAAGACUCAAAACCAAGCGAGCGACGACAGCAGCGACGACAGCAGCGACGACGGCAGCGACGACGGCAGCGAUGACGGCAGCGACGACGGCAGCGAAGACGGCAGCGAUGACGGCAGCGAUGGCGAGUUCUUUAGUUGCGAUGAAGGGGAUGACGGCAACCAGCCACCUCAAAAGGAAGGCAAUGGCGUUAGGAAGGGGAAGGGGGAAGAUAGCAAAGAUACAAAAAAGGGGAAAGGGAAGGAGGUCAAAAAAGGGAAAGGGAAGGAGGCCAAAAAAGGGAAAGGGAAGGAGACCAAAAAAGGGAAAGGGAAGGAGACCAAAAAAGGGAAAGGGAAGGAGACGAAAAAGGGGAAGAGUAAGGAUGCCGAACAGGAAGAGGAUACUGAACAGGAAGAGAAUUCCGAACAGGAAGAGGAUGACGAUAUUGAGAAGAUGCUAAGAUAUCGAAAACGGUGGUGUGCACUUAAUGGAAUUAAGGAUGGAGCUAUGAAUAAAAAACAACAGGAAAAGUUUCUCGAUAUGUGGGAGGAUAAGACGCAAUAG